AUGACAAGAACACAUGCACUCGACAUGCCAGAGAUCCGAGAAGCCAUCAUCCAAUUCCUCAUCCCCUCCAGGAAUGACCUCCUCUCAUGUCUACUCCUCUCCCAUCCCUGGAAUGCCUCCGUCCAGCCCUGGCUCUGGAAACACCUCUACCUUUACAGCGAGCUCCAACCAACUCGAAUACCACGGACCAAGGCUCCGUUCCCUCAAGCCAACCUCCAGAACCCUCCCGUUUCGUUACUUCAACAGAAUACGGUGUUUAUUCGGCACUUACAUGUCAAGACACCUAUCGACUCUCGCAUCCUUGCUGUGCUCAAUCAAAACUACCUUAGCAGCAAUAGUAACGAGAGCAGCACUGGAGACGUGGUGCCGUUAUUCUCGGCAUUGGAGACACUGCACGUCCACGGAUACUGCUGCGACGAGACGAUGAUUGACCUCGAGAUCCGGUUCGCUGCGCGGUUGAUUCGACACACUCUCCACCAGACUACAACACUGAAAGAACUCCAUAUCACAAGUCUCCCUCCCAGCUCUGUCACCACUCUCUUACAUGCACUUGACGAACAUCCUUGCUCUUCCUUGACACCACCACCAACAACAACAUCCAUACCAAAGCGCCCACUGGAUCGCCUCCGCCUGACAGACCUAACCCUCCCAUACAACCUCGUCGACCGCACCCAGUUCUGGCAACGCUGCACCACCAUCCGCCGCCUCGAAUUCGAUAGCGUCAACUGCCUCGGAUACCCUUGCCCUCCCGACUUGACAUUCCCAAGACUCGAACACCUCCAACUGACAAAUAUGUCCCUCCUCCCACCCUACGAACAACUCCAAUUGAUGAGCCAGUGCCCCAACCUAAUCAGCCUCGACUGGGGCCCCUCCUCCUCCGCCACCACCACCGUCAACCACAUCUCCACUACCCCACCUAUCCUCUCCCCCUCAGAACUCUCUCACCGCAUCGCCGCCAUAACAUUAUCCCCCAUUUCAAACGUCCACACCUUGUACUUACGCGGCUCCCAGAUCAACGACGCAUCCAUAGCAAAAGUCCUCUCGGGCUGUGAACCCCUAAAGAAACUCAACGUCCACGGGAGUGGAUUUUCGCUCGAGUCGAUCGACAUAUUGGCUGCGAGGCAUUUCGCAAGUCUUCAAGAGAUCGAUAUGGGUGAAUGUCCGUUUGUGACGAGUCCGAUGGUCGAGUUGAUCGUGGAGCAGUGUCCGCUGUUGGAGGUUCUAGUGGCGCCGACCCUUAAAGUUGGAGAUAUCAUGGCCAGCAACACUUUGGUUGGUGAAGGAGAGACAGGGUGGGUGUGCAAGAAUUUGAGGGUUUUGGAGGUCCAGAUCGAGAUCGAGACCACAAGACUGGAUCUGGAACGGCCCUUUAUCAACGCACGGUUAGCAUCCAUGAAAAAGUUGACCUCCAUCGGUCUUUUUCCUCGUCCUUAUUCUUAA